ACAAAGUUUAAGAUAGUGGGUAUUGUGUGGUGGAUAGUUGUGCAGAGGAGAGAGAAAUGUGUAAGAAAUGUUGUGAACCACAAAUUCUAUACUAAAAAGAGAAAGUGGAAGUUUUAAUUGGAACGGACGAAAAAAGAAAGUUGGAAGUUUAUUUAGGAAAGGAGGGAGUAAUAUUUAUUACAUAUCUCAAUACAAUGUAGACGAGUUGUGUACAAAUAGACAAUAAUCACCCUAAUUAUUAAAAGGAGUUGAGGAAAUGCCGUCCCAUCCACUAUCAUCAAUCAGAUCUCAAAGCAGGGGAGGUAGGGAGAAACAUAUCGAUGAUCCCAAGUUACAAUAUGAGGAGGUGUUCAUUACCACCGCUCGCCGCCCUGCUCUUCCUUCUAGCCACAUAUGCCAAAUCAUCCCAUGCACAUUCCUCCGCCAACCAAUUCCACCGGCUCCGGCCUCUCGCCGCCAGUGGCCGCCUCAACUGCCACAGCUGGCGGCUCGGAGUGGAGACCAACAACAUCCGAGACUGGAGCAUGGUCCCCCUCCAAUGUGAAGACUACGUCGGCCACUACAUGCUCGGCCACCAGUACCGCGACGACUGCAUCUCCGUCACCGUCGCCGCCAUCCAGUACGCCAAGACGGUGGCCGUCAAAGCCGUCGGCGGCAAGGACAUUUGGGUUUUCGACAUUGACGAGACCACUCUCUCCAAUCUCCCUUACUAUGCUCGCUCCGACGUCGCCUUCGGGGCGACAAAAUAUAAUAGCUCCAAAUUCGAUGCAUGGAUCAGGGAAGGGAAGGCACCGGGAGUGCCCGGAAUGGUGCGGCUCUAUCGAACUCUGACCGCUAUGGGGAUUAAGGCUGUGUUUCUUAGUGGCACAAAAGAAGAGUUCAGGAAAGUGAGAGUUACCAAUCUCAAGAACGCUGGUUACACCAAAUGGGAGAUGCUCAUCUUAAAGGGAGCUAACGAGACGGGGACAUCGGAGGAGUACAAGUCGAAGCAGAGGACAGAGUUGGUUAAGAAAGGGUACAGAAUUAUCGGAAACAUCGGAGACCAGUGGAGUGAUUUGGUUGGAGAUAAUGGCGGGUUACGUACUUUCAAGCUGCCGGAUCCUAUGUACUACAUUGCUUAGCGUCCUUUCACAUAAUCUAGCCAAUAAAUCAAGCUUAGUUAGCUUCUUAGUAGCUUGUUAUGCUCAACCUUCUUGGAUAGCCAAUUUAGAGCAUCUGGUGUGAUUAGAUAAUUAUUCUCGUAGCUUGACUUGUCACAUAAGCAUUUGCACCAAAAUUAAAAUGUAUUCCGGUGGUUAGUUAUAAUAUCUUGCUUUUAAUUUAUUAUAAAUGGUGUUAUAUUUAGUGAUUGUCUUUGCUCAAGUUAGU